GAGAGAGUAAGCGAUGGCGGAAUGUGAUGAAGACGAUGAUGAUAUCGAUCGCGCCGAUGACGAAGCGAGCGCAAGCGGCAUAUGGACGCAGAUCGUGAGUUUCCUUGACAACAAGCGGAGAAAGGAGCUCCAACGACGCAAGUAUCAAGCCCGGAAGAGUUUGUGCCUCGCCAUGCCGGUGCCAAAGAUGCCAAAGCUGGAGGCUCGAUCGAAGCAGCCGCUGGAGCAGGAGCAUCGACGAAAGGCCGCCGUUGCCAUCGAGGACGAUGCCAAGGAAGAGCUUGAGCCACUGCAUGUUCUUGCUGCUCUACUGGCUUUGAUGGUCAUCUUUGGAGUAGUCUUUGGUGGGAUGGGUACGAUGGCCAUUGCUUUGGUGACGGCUGUGAUCAUCCCCUGCUGGAUGUGGAGGGAGUUCAAGGUUGGGCCAUUCCAUGUCAAAGCCCUCGGCUUUGCAGGGCAAAAUCGAAGAAACGAGCCCCCAAAGGAACGCAGGACCCGUCGUCCAGAUCCAGAGCAGUGCUCAUGUUGCUACUUUGACACUGCGAACUGUAGGUACCAUUCUAGAUUCGUCAACUAGAAAUUCUUGUGAAGCUCAGAGAUCUGCUACAACCUUUCAAUUCUACCUCCAUUCUGUGAAAACUGCCGUUCUUUGGCAAGCUGUUUUGCAGGAUAUAUAAUUCCAGGUUUGACGACUGAGAAAGGAACUCCAAGCAGGUACCUUUGUGUCACAGUUUGUAUGAGCUUUUGCUUCUCAUCGAGUUUUCUCUUCCCGGACCAAAGGAGGAGUUAGCUCCACGGUACUACUCCAAAUCAAAAAGGCUCGACACCGAUAUGAAAGCGAAGAACACAAAGAAGAGAUCGAGCGACCGGUGUUUAACACGACUUGUGCGAUUCCAUAGAAGGUGCGUUGCGCCAAGAGGAUGGCGAUUCUGCGUGCCUUGGGUGAUGGUGCUUGAUCCGGCCACGGAAGGUCCUCUCUGGCAAGGCUCGGCGCCGUCGCCUUGCUUUGUACGUAUCGAGUUCCUGCGCGCUGUUCGCAAUUUCUGCGAUGAACCAGGAUUUGUUCCUUGCCGAGCAGUAGCACUCAGAAGCGCUUAUGCAGCAGUGGUGGAGAGCAGGCACAGGUUUCCAUCUGGAAGUCGGAUCACAAUACUGGAACAUUGGCUAGUAACUUGUGUCAGUCCUCUCAUUGUUUCUUCUGGAAAAGUUCACCACCUUAUAAACCGCUGACCAAGUCAACUUGGUCAAAGUUCUUCGCGCAAA